UUUUAAUAGCAAAGCAUAUCGGAACUCUCGUUUUCUUGGGUGUAAAAUCAUGGAUCGUUUUUUAGUCAAAGCAGAUGGCACGCAAUAUGGUGCAAUAAGAAAGGAGCCAACAAUUCCAGUGUCUAGUAAAUCAGUUAUCAGCUCUUCUGACGAAUCAGAUGGAUCAGCCUCCGAAGAUGUGUCCAAAAAUUGUAAACAAAAAUUCCGUCCACAUUGGAAAAAUUUACAUAGAUGGCUUGAUACUAAAGAAGGUAAAUCGUACUGCGUGAUUUGCAAAAAAAUCCUUGCCAAUAACAUAACCAAUAUUAAAAGACACGGAGAAGGAGAAAGUCAUAAAAAAAGGCAAGCAGCUUUGCGAAAUCAAAUUAAGCUGAGCGACGUUAAAGAAAGGUGUUAUGCUACCAAAAAUGCAAUCAAGAUAGCUGAAUUAAAAAUUAUACUUUUUUUGUGCAUUUACGAUUUACCGUUUACACUCAUACCGCCUUUAAUAGAACUAAUUAAAAGUGUUGCAGCCAAUACAAAUGUAAUAAAAGGCCUGAAAUGUGGUAGAACAAAGGCAAAAGAAACCGUAACAAAUACGAAGCAACAGAUGUAA